AUGGAAAGCGAAGAGGAGAUUGAAUUCUUCGGGUUUGUGCCUGUGACUUUGGUUGCUGAGCUGCAGGGCGAGGUGGAGGCGAUUCUUAAGAACGGGGUUGAGCAACUGUCUGCCCUUGAUAGAAGAAAGGUGCACAGAGUGUCUGGGACGCUGCUGGAGUCUUUCCGAAGAAACUACUUUAUAUUUUCGAACUUUGUUUUGAGGAACAUCCUUAGGUUUCCGGCCUCAUUCAGGCUGGAGAGAAAGGCUAGCGACGUUGUUGUGACGGUGGAUCUUCAGUCGAUCACGAACGAUCUGGUGAGUGUGCUUGAGGAGGAGGAUUACUAUGAAGCAGAGGUGCAGAGACAGAGGGAAAUCAUCGAGAUUGAGAGAUACAGGCUGGAGUCCUAUAGAUCCCUUCUGGAAUACUCCAAGCCGGUGGUUGGCCUGGUUGGAAGCAUCGGGAAAGCCUGCAAGGAGCUCGAAGAUGUCGUAAGGCUCUACAACAAAAUGUGUAUGUCGAGUAGCGCCGAAGACGAGGACUAUAAUGCUCUACUUGAGUACAGGGAGGUUAGGAGUAGCCUUGCGAAGAAGGAAAGGGAUGACCUGCUGGCGAUUGCAAGCGAGGAGGUGCUUGCGAUGAUGAGUGAGUGUGUCGAAAAAUAA